AGUUGACAUAGAAUAUUCAAAGCCGAUUGGCCGGCGGGACAUACGUGAUUGCGGCAUUUGCCGAACUGAGCAGCCUUUGCAUGUUCAUGUGUAUUGAUCUCGUGUGUUGAUUUGCUUAAAUGAUCAGCGUUUAUAUCUCGAGAUCAGUCAGCGGUGAUCUAUAACUAUGAGGCGGACUAAAACAGAUGUGGAGCACUAUAUUAAAUCCGUUCAGAAUGCUUCUCCGUCUCAGAAAGAGAAGCCGGUUAAAGGGUUUCUGUUUGCAAAAUUAUACUUUGAAGCUAAGGAGUAUGAACUUGCCAAAAGAUGCAUUUCCGAGUAUUUAACAGUACAGCCAAAGGAUCCCAAAGCACACAAGUUUCUUGGGCAACUAUAUGAACGUGAUGGUGAACUAGACAAAGCUGUGGGAUGUUACAAGCGUUCAGUAGAUCUGAAUCCAGCCCAGCGAGACCUGGUUCUGAAAGUGGCCGAGCUGCUCUGUAGUAAGCCAGAACGUGAUGGCCGAGCCGAGUUCUGGGUACAAAAGGCUGCCAAUCUUCUACCGGGACAUCCCGCUGUUUUUGAUCUUAGGGAGAAACUUCUGAGUGCUCAGGGCCAGAACGGCUUCGGUCAGCUGUACGAGCUGCUCUUAUCUGAACUGAGGCUGCGUCCUCAUGACGCUUAUGUUAACAGCAGAUUAAUCCAGCUUUACGACUCGGACGGUCGCUAUGAGGAGGCAGUCAAACACUGUCUCGCUGUGGAGAAAGCUGGCGGUCUCCGAGACAAUCUGGACUGGUACAAGGUUGUUGUCAGAACCCUUCAGGAAUAUCUUCGGCAACCGAGUGUGUCAAAUAACAAGCAGGCAUCCCGUAAGUUUCAGAAAGAGCUUUUGCUGGCACGCUGCAAUCUGCUGAGACUCACACUGGGAGUGAAGAACAGUCAGGAGAGCGCUGAUGCUCUCUGCAUUUUUGAUCGUGAAAUGCAGUCUUUGAAGAAUACGGCCACAAACACUGUGGAUGAGCUGUCAGAGGUGUUUACAGAGAUGAGAGCUCACUUGUACCUGUACGCUGGGACACUGCUGAUGAAGAUGUUUCAUGAAAAACUGCUGCAGUGGAGGGGCGUGCGUGAUCUAGCAGCGUUGUGUUAUCUGAUUGCCUGUCAGGCUCCAAGACCCAAAACGAAGGUUUUUAAAGGUGACCAUGUGACCCAUCAUCUUCUGGAGUUGUUAGCCUCUGAUCGUCAAAGCCAGGCAGGUCACAUGCUGUUGAAUUUGAGCCAGGACGCUACACAGCUUGUGAAUGAAGUGGUAGAAACGUUUGGGAAUAAGAGCGGGCAGAACGAUCUGCUCGAGAAGCUCUUCGGUUCACUGGCACAGGAACGCCUGUCUUUCAUCAGCAACGAUGAUAUUCACAACAUCAGCGCACAGGUGCCGGACAUCACAGAUCUUGAGAAGUGGGACAAUGGUUCAGUGUUGUUGCAUGGCGGGGCUCUUCAGCACCUGACAUGGCUGGGCCUGCAGUGGGCUCUGAUGGGUCACAGGGUAUCUCUGCAGGACUGGAUCAAACCACUCUUUCCACGUCUUACGCUUGAGACCUCCAAACUGGACACCAACAACCCUGAAUCUCUUUGUCUGCUGGACCUGGAGGUGUUUUUGUGCGGUGUUGUGUUUACAAGUCACACUCAAAUGCAAGAGACUGCCAAGAUCAAUGCAAGUUCUCAAUCACAUGAGCCCAGAUGUUUGCCCAUGCACAUCAUGAAGCUGCUGUCAUCAGAGAAACAGAGACAAUGGUGGGACACCGUCUACAGUCUGAUUCACAAUAAAACACAGUCAGGUAUGUCAGCUAAACUACGACCGGUUGUCCAGCAUGGUCUGAGCACGCUGCGUGCUGGAGAGAAACACGGUCUUCAACCAGCGCUGCUCAUACACUGGGCCCAGCAUCUAACACACAUGGGUGAAAGCACGAACUCUUACUAUGAUCGGAAAGACUAUGCUGGCCGUUGUGUGCACUACUGGAAAGUUGUGCUUCCGCUGCUUGAGAAAAUCAAAAAGAGACGGGUCAUCCCGGAGCCUCUGGAGCCCAUGUUCCCACACUUCCAAAGUAAAGACAUACAGGUCUCUGAUGUCGGUUUAUAUGAGGAAGAGGCAGCCAUCAGUUUUGCCACACUACUUGACAUCGAGGACAACACGGAUCAGGCCAUCUUACAGCUUGAGAAGCUUAACAGCAUCUCAUCUAACUGGCAUCUGGCUAAGAUAUAUCAGAGGCUCUCAGAUGAGUCUGGAAACGGUGUGGAGGAAACUCAGGAUAGGUGCAUUAACUUUCUGCGGCAGUUCAGGAAAUACUUGAGGAAGAUCUAUCAGGCCAAUGCAGAGGACAUGAAGAAGUUACCCGUGUCUAUGGAGGAGGUGAUGGAUUUGUUGAAUGAAGUCAACCAGGAGCUCGGGGAUGAUGAAGAGACGGAUGAAGAUAAAUAUGAUCAUCCACUGACAUCUAGCCCCAGUCAGCUCCCAGAAGCACAUGUGAAGUUCUCCACACCGUCCCCAACCAAAAGCACCAUGUCACCUUCCAAAAGGCCAGGGUUUUCACCCAAAACUCCACCUCUAUGGGUUGAAGAUCAAAAGUCAGUCCUACAGAUGUUGUGUCAGCAGGUCGAAGCCUUGAAGAAUGAAGUUCAUGACUUGCGUCAAAAUUCGCUUGAUGCUUCAGGGACCGCGUAUAGGAUGUAUGGAGAUAGUUAUGCUGCAGAGGGACUUCAGGAAGCUUUUACAGGAGCACAGACGUUCCAUGGUGUUCCCCUUACAGUUGCCACUACAGGUCCCUCUGUAUACUACAGUCAGACUCCGGCAUAUAACUCGCAGUACCUUCUCCGUCCUGCUACAAAUGUUACACCAACAAAGGGUCCUGUAUAUGGGAUAAAUCGGAUUCCUCCACAGCAACAUGUGUAUACCUACCAACAAUCAACACACACACCACCUCUUCAGUCGACACCUGCAUGCAUCUAUCCUCAAGAGCAGGUGUUUGGUGCUCCUAUUCGAUUUGAGUCCCCAGCUACGUCCUUACUCUCACCAUACAGUGAAGAAUAUUAUGGCCACAAUGUUCCUCAGCCUACAGCCAAUCCAUCGUUGCCUGAGCCUGGAUAUUUCACCAAGCCAUCUGUUGUUUCAACUGCCCAGCCAGCAAGAAGUGCUGAAACAAAACCACUAGACCCCAAGAUGAGCUUUGGGCAGCAGUUCUCAGGUGACCCUACAAGAAUUGCAAACUUUGGUGGUGUAGCUGCUGCCCCAUCGACCUCAGCAACAACUGCAUUCAAGUUCAACUCUAACUUCAAGUCUAAUGAUGGUGAUUUUACAUUUUCAUCUACCCAAAUGAAAAACAGUGAAAGUCUGCUGGGACUUCUGACAUCAGAUAUCCCCCCCAGAACUGAAGGACUGUCUGAACCAAAACUUCAGACCCAAGACCAGCCACCAAGCCAGAGUGAUGUUUUUACUUUUGGGAGUAAAAAUGCCACAGGAUUUUCAUUUACUGAUUCUACUCCAACCAAACCUAUUAUUUUCGGCCAAACUGAUGACAUGUUUAAGUUGGCAAGCGUAAAUAAGCCAAUAUUUGGAAACGCAGAGACAAGGGAAGAAAAAGAAAAUGUAGAAAGUGAUAACGAGAGUAGCCAUGUGGAAGAGGAUGAGGACGGACCUCAUUUUGAACCAAUUGUGCCUCUACCUGAUAAGGUUGCUGUGAAAACUGGUGAGGAGGAGGAAGAGGAGAUGUUCUGUAAUAGAGCAAAACUCUUUCGAUUUGACUCCGAUACCAAAGAAUGGAAAGAGAGGGGCCUUGGCUGCAUAAAAAUUCUGAAACACAAAACAUCUGGGAAGGUUCGUCUGUUGAUGAGGAGGGAGCAAGUUCUCAAAAUCUGUGCUAAUCACUAUAUCACAACAGAUAUGGUCUUAAAACCAAAUGCUGGAUCCGACAAAUCCUGGGUGUGGUAUGCCAUUGACUAUGCAGAUGAAUCGCCAAAGACUGAGCAGUUGGCCAUACGCUUCAAAACUGCAGAUGAGGCAACAAUGUUUAAAUUAAAAUUUGAAGAGGCUCAGAGAUUUUUAUUAAAGACCUCACAAAAGCAAAGCCAUCAACUUGUACCACAGGUGCCAAACAAAGACAUGGAUAUUAAAACCCGGUUUUCCAAAAAAGAUGGUGAAUGGGACUGCAGUGUAUGUUGUGUAAGAAAUGCACCCACAUCUGCAACAUGUGUUGCUUGCAACAGUGCAGGUCCCUCUAUUCCAAAGGAUAAACCUCAAAAAGACAUGGAUAUUAAAACCCGGUUUUCCAAAAAAGAGGGUGAAUGGGACUGCAGUGUAUGUUGUGUAAGAAAUGCACCCACAUCUGCAACAUGUGUUGCUUGCAACAGUGCAGGUCCCUCUAUUCCAAAGGAUAAAACUCAAAAAGACAUGGAUAUUAAAACCCGGUUUUCCAAAAAAGAGGGCGAAUGGGACUGCAGCGUUUGUUGUGUAAGAAAUGCACCCACAUCUGCAUCAUGUGUUGCCUGCAGCAGUGCAGGUCCCUCCAUGCUAAAGGAUAAACCUCAGGAGGUUGUAAAAGACUCUGCCCCUGUUGCUCCUUCUGAUAAAGUCUCUACUCAAUCAUUCUCUGGUGGUUUUGGAUUUGGCUCUAAAUUUGCCAAGAAAGAUGGACAGUGGGAUUGUGACGCUUGCCAGGUGAGAAACGAAGGUACGUCCAGCCAUUGUGUAUCAUGUCAGACAGCAAAACCAGGUUUUAAAAUCAAGACCUCUACUGCACCCAGUAGUUUUAGUUUUGGAAGUUCCUCCAAACAACCUGCUGCUACAGGAUUUAAAGCUAGUUUUAAUUCAGCGCCUUUUCAGUUUGGUUUGAGUAAGGAUAAAACUGCACCAGAAAGCUCCAAGUUUGAGCCUUCUGCAACUCCGGUGGAAAAGUUUUCAAGCAGUUCGGCCUUUUCAUUUUCAUUCCCAACAUCUGCCGGCGGUUUCAAGUUUGGCACUGGGGAAUCGGAGGCAAAACUGUCAGAUGGACCGUCACAAAAUGAAUCUGCAUCUAAACAUCUCAAAAAUAUUGCAGAACAACACAAAGAGAUAGAGAGGGCCCCAGUUUCAGAUCAGUUUGGUUUGAGUAAGGAUAAAACGGCAUUAGAAAGCUUCAAGUUUGAGCCUUCUGCCACUCAGGUGGAAAAGUUGUCAAGCAGUUCGGCCUUUUCAUUUUCAUUCCCAACAUCUGCCGGCGGUUUCAAGUUUGGCACUGGGGAAUCGGAGGCAGAACUGUCUGAUGGACCGUCACAAAAUGAAUCUGCAUCUGAACAUCUUAGAAAUAUUGCCGAACAGCACAAAGAGAAAGAGAGAGCCCCAAUUUCAGAUCAGUUUGGUUUCAGUAAGGAUAAAACCUCAUCAGAUAGCUUCAAGUUUGACACUUCUACAACUCAGGUGGAAAAGUUGUCGAGCAGCUCGGCCUUUUCAUUUUCACUGCCAGCGCCUGCCGGCGGUUUCAAGUUUGGCACUGGGGAAUCGGAGGCAAAAGUGUCUGAUGAACGGUCACAAAAUGAAUCCGCAUCUGAACUCCUCAGAAAUAUUGCCGAACAGCACAAAGAGAAAGAGGGGGCCCCAGUUGCAGAUCAGUCUGCAGACAGUGGCAGUUAUGGUGACAAUCCUUUAAUCACAGGCACUAACUCUUUCAGUUUUGCAGACUUGGCAAAGUCCUCACAGGGUAGUUUUCAAUUUGGCCCGAAUGACCCCGGUUUCAAAGGCUUCUCAGGGGCUGAAGAGCAGCUCUUUACCAAGCAAAGAGCCGACACCUCAGCUGAUCAAGAUGAUGAGGAAAUGUACAAAACAGAGGAGAACGAUGAUAUUCAGUUUGAUCCAGUUGUUCAGAUGCCUGACAAGGUUGAAAUUGUUACCGGCGAGGAAGAUGAGAAAGUCCUGUAUUCACAACGUGUCAAGCUCUUUAGAUUUGAUACAGAAACUAGUCAGUGGAAAGAAAGAGGGGUUGGCAACCUUAAAUUGCUAAAAAAUAAUCAAAAUGGAAGACUUCGAGUUCUUAUGAGGAGAGAGCAAGUGUUGAAGGUAUGUGCUAACCACUGGAUCACAACCACAAUGAACUUGAAGCCCCUCUCUGGGUCAGAUCGGGCCUGGAUGUGGCUAGCAAGUGACUUCUCAGAUGGCGAUGCCAAGUUAGAACAACUUGCUGCAAAAUUCAAAACCCCAGAGCUUGCAGAAGAAUUCAAGGAAAAGUUUGAGGAGUGUCAACAGCUCCUUUUGGAUAUUCCUUUGCAGACCCCUCAUAAGCUUGUGACCUCGGGCAGAACAGCCCAUCUUAUACAGAAAGCUGAAGAGAUGAAAACUGGUCUUAAAGACCUUAAAACCUUCUUGACUUACCAGAACAAGGAUGAUGAAAGAAAUGUUACUAGUAGUGAGACCUCUGAAAUUGUGGCGAAACCCGACUCCGAAAGCACUGGACCGACUUUGGAGUGGGAUAACUAUGAUUUGAGGGAGGAAGCCCAUGAUGAAAGUGUGAACACAUCUCUGUGUUCUACUCCUCUGCGACCCAGUCUGGUUCCAAAAAAUUUAUUCCGUUUUGGUGAAUCAUCCGGAGGCUUUAGUUUCAGUUUCCAGCCUGUUCUUAGUCCCUCCAAGUCCCCAUCUAAGCUGAACCAGAGCCUGGGGUCUGUUGGCACAGAUGAUGAACAAGAGGCUUCUCAGGAGGAAGAGCGAGACGGGCAGUACUUCGAGCCUGUCGUGCCAUUGCCGGAUCUUAUCAAUGUCUCAACAGGGGAGGAGAAUGAGGAAGUGGUUUUUAGCCACAGAGCAAAGUUAUAUCGCUACGAUAAAGAACUUGGUCAAUGGAAGGAAAGAGGUAUAGGAGACCUUAAAAUACUUCAACAUUAUGAAACCAAGCGUGUAAGACUUGUCAUGAGACGGGACCAGGUUCUCAAACUAUGUGCAAACCACUGGAUAAGUUCAGAUUUGAAACUUGAACCAAUGAAAGGAUGCGAUAAAGCAUGGAUCUGGAGUGCAUUUGAUUUUGCUGAAGGCGAGGGUAAGGUUGAACAGUUAGCAGUGCGCUUCAAACUGCAGGAGACUGCCACUGCUUUCAAGGAAAUCUUGGAAGAAGCAAAGGAUGCCCAAGAGAAACAAAGCCUUCUUGCGCCAUUUUCUUCUAGAGUACCUCCCACCACCAAAGAGACGCUCUGUGGUAUGACUGCAGUCGCUGUACUGGAGGAAACCACUAAAGAACGUACUGUACUGUCUGAAGAAAGCAGUCUGAAACACCUGGACAGGUCACCUGGUGCAGAGCACAGUACUCAAAGCAUUAAGGCUGUGGUCUCUCCGCCAAAGUUUGUCUUUGGAUCAGAUUCUGUUCAGAAGAUCUUUGGGAGCCCUUCAUCAUCUAACGAAAAGUCUCCAGUUGUACAUCACUUAGAAGAUGAGCAAGUAACCAGUGCCUCAAGACUAAAGCCCAUUGAACAGGCUGUAACCGAUCAACCAUCUGUUGUAACUCCAUUCAACGUACCAGCAAGAGGUUUGGAUUUUAGGCUUUUCAAACAUAAUCCAAUGGCAUUUUGGACCUGCACAUCAGCCACCCAGUUUGAUGCUCAAGUUUUUCCUCAGACCCCUCAGGAUGUCUGUGAUGAUGUCCAGAUCGUAUUUGAGCUAAAGCCCACAAAAGAACAGGCUGAACUGGCUGCCAGACUCAUGCUUCCUACAACCUUUUUCUGUUACAAAAAUCAGCCGGGAUAUGUCAGCGAUGAAGAUGGUGAUGAUGAUGAAACUUUUGAAAGCGCCGUGAGGAGUCUGAGAGGAAAACUGUAUCCUGCUGGAGCCGAAGGAACUUCUGAUCAAGACUCUGACUGCACCCUUGUGUGGGAGAAAAAAGCGACUCCAGAGGAGGAGGAGAGAGCUCGACAGCUCCUGCUGCCACCAGCCUUCCUGUGUGGGGUCGGCAGCGACUCUGAACCGGAGGCCGACAAACAUGAAGACUUUAUCACUGAGAUCCAGAAACUGCAGCAGCUUCAGGUCAAGCAAAACCCUUCCCAUGAUGCUGCGGUUCUUCGCAUUGAUGAUGUCAGAACCGAUCGCAGUGAACCAGAGCAGACAAUCACAUCGACCUCUGAUGCCAGCUGCCCCAUCGACCUCUCCAGCAAAAGGAGCGGCGAGCAAGACUCCGGCACGGGAUCAACGGCUCCCUUCAGCUUUGCAUCUGUCGGCGGGUUUUCAUUUGCAGACUUGGCAAAAGGUUCAGGCGAUUUUGCUUUUGGUAAAAAAGAUGAACAAUUUUCCUGGGCGAAUGCGGGAGCUGCAGUAUUUGGGGGAGCUCCAGAGCGAGAUACAGCACACAAUGAAGAGCACAGCGAUGAAGAAGAACCUAAAAGUGAUGAGAUCCACUUUGAGCCGAUUGUUUCUUUGCCAGAGGUGGAGGUAAAGUCUGGUGAAGAGGAUGAGGAGAUCCUGUUUAAAGGAAGGACCAAACUUUUCCGCUGGGAUCGCGAUCUCAGCCAGUGGAAGGAGCGUGGAGUGGGAGACCUCAAAAUCCUCUUCCAUCCAGUAAAAAAGUGCUACCGUGUACUUAUGAGACGAGAUCAGGUCUUUAAAGUGUGUGCCAACCACACCAUUACCACGAACAUCGAGCUGAAGCCCAUGAACACCUCGGCCAAUGCGCUGGUGUGGACGGCCACAGACUUCACAGAGGGAGAUGCUAAAGUUGAGCAGCUCGCAGCCAAGUUCAAGACUCCAGAACUGGCCGAGACCUUCAGACGGACGUUUACGGACUGCCAGAGUCUCAUGUCGCAGGCGGACUCCUCUCAGAUGUCCGUAGCAGCAGGACAUUCGAGAGACGACAACCCUGUGGUUUUCUUCAGCAUCGCUGUAGACGACGAGCCGGUCGGACGGAUCACGAUGGAGCUUUUCUCUCACCUUGUUCCUAAAACGGCAGAGAACUUCCGAGCUCUGUGCACUGGGGAAAAGGGCUUCGGUUACCGUGACUCAGUUUUCCACCGGAUCGUUCCUGACUUCAUGUGUCAGGGCGGUGACAUCACCAACCAGGAUGGAUCGGGAGGAAAAUCAAUCUACGGAAAUAAGUUUGAAGAUGAAAACUUUGAAGUGAGGCAUACAGGUCCAGGUCUGCUGUCUAUGGCCAAUCGUGGAAGAGAUACCAACAGCUCUCAGUUCUUUAUUACCCUGAAAAAAGCAGAGCACUUAGACUUUAAGCAUGUCGCGUUUGGCUUUGUCAAAGAUGGCAUGGAUGUGGUUAAACGGAUGGGAGAACUUGGCACAAAGGAAGGCAAACCCAGUAAAAAGAUCACUAUUACAGAGUGUGGACAAUUGUAAGCUUUUUACAUUCAUGUUUGGCAUAUUGAGAUAAAAACAGAAUUUGUCAUUUCUAAACUAUUGUUUAAGAGUGAGUGGAUUUGUAUAUGUAGUGGUUUUAUUUACAACCUUGUUUCAUUGUUCAUGUACCAAUAAAGUUGCGACACUAAGACCCAGUGGAGUUCAGCAAUACAGUUUUAUUUAGCUUUUGUACAAAAAGUACUUAAUCGCAAUACCUGCUGUUAACUUACCAUGUUCAUGUUAGGCUCGCAAAAACUUGAUGCUUUUUUUGCUCUAUAUGGACCCUGUGUGUAGUCCUCGUUUUCUUUGUUUCCUCGAUUGUUCCUAUGAAGCUACUUUAUUUUUUGCACUUGCAUCAAAUAAACAUUUGGUAAUUUGCA